AUGGUGCGGCACAGUACAUUGACUGUUAUCCAGAAACAGGCAAACAGCAGCAGCUAUUCUUCAAUUCGCUCACCACCUUCGUUCGGGGAGCCUGCGGCUUUGCCUGCCGUGCUGUCCCCGGCCGCCAUGGAUCCCAAGGGCGAGAGUGCGCGCGGCGAGGGCGAGGGCGAGGGCGACGACCUCGACCUCAACCUCUCCCUGCAGCCGACCUUAGCGCCCGAGCCGGAGCCGGAGCCGGAGCCGCCGGGUUAUUUCUCCUGCACCUACUGCGACAAGAAAUUCCACUCCUCGCAGGCACUCGGCGGCCACCAGAACGCCCACAAGUUCGAGCGCAGCGUGGCCAAGCGCGCCCGCGAGCUGGCUGCCGCUCGCCGCGCGGGGCAGGGCGGCGAGCGCGCCAGUGCGGCCGAGGAGGAGGCGAGGAUGGGGAAGGAAAUGGGCAUUGCGAGGUCGGUCUCGGCACCAAGCUCCUCGUCAUCGCACCAGAUCAGGGCGUCGCCGGAGGCAAGCAGGAAUCUCACCGACGACAUUGACCUCUCCUUGAAGCUAUGA